ACGAAGACCACAAAAGAAAAACAAGAAAAUGCAAAAAAAAAUUGAUUAUUGAUUUUUAUUGAUUGUUUUGUGUUUGAGAGUAAAAGAACGAAGAAGAAGAAGAACAGAAAGAAAUUCACAAUUUUGCCGCAGAUUUCCUUCGUCUUCACUUAUUUUUUGUUUAAAGCUUAAUUUAAGUUUGAGAUAGAUAAUAAUUCAGAGCAUCUUUUCGCUCUGCAGCAAACAAAAUACAUAUUUGCUAUUUAUUAUUACAAAAUUCUUUUUGACGGAUUGCAAAAGUUAUAUCCAAGAAAAGAUGACCAAUCUCCAGGAACAACACGAAGUUGUUAAGAAGAGUUUGAUUCAAUUUGUCAGUGGACAUAUUCCUGAAGCUGAUUUCAGUGUUGUCGAUGAAAUUGUCCUUUCCUACAUAAUAUCGAUUCUGGAGGAAGCCUCCCAGGAUCCAUGUUUCGAUGUGGAAGGGUUCACUGAAAUGAUGAGUGCUUACUUCUCAGAGUUCUCAUUAAUUGACUCUGGGGUAAUUUGUAAUUGGAUAUUUAAGUUGGAGAAUGAACUCUCCGAAAUGGAGAAGAGUCGUGGAAGUGAGACUUCUGCAAAUAUCUCACUUCAUUCUUUAAGUCUUUCUGAUAUAAUCCCAGAAUCAAAACUCCGAGCUCGUCCAUCAUCGAUUUCUGAAAAGGAUGAGUGUUCUGGGAUUGGCUCUGGAACUGGCAAACGUGCCCAACAUUUAUCAGAGACGAGUGAUUGUGGAUCGACAGAUAGUUCGGGUUGUGACUAUUUUCUAGAUGAAUGUGAAGUUCUUCAGGAAAUGUUUCCAGAAACGUCUUACGUUGAGGUUAAACAUUGCAUUGCUAUUGCCAAGGGUGACAUCGAUAGUGCAACACAAAUUUUGUUGCAUCGUCAAGAGACUGGACAGUCUUUGACAGACAAGUCUAAUAAUUUGCAAGGACGGAAGAAUAAUGUUGUUAAUGAUACUGAAUUGAAGAAUCGUAUUAUUGCAAGGUAUUCCUAUGUUGAUAAAAAUGCUGCCCAACGCGAAUACAAACCAUUUGUACCAAAAGUCGAACCAAAAAAACUCGUUCGCUAUCGUGAUAAUAAAAUUGUAUCGCUCAAAGGCGAACGUUAUACCGAAAUUAAACGUGACGAAGAUGCUGAAUUGAAAAAACCCAAAAAGCAGAUUAAUCCGUAACUAAAGUUGAUCAAGAUCUACUUUAAAUAUUUCAUCAAAAAGAACCUUCAAAUAAUUAUAAUAUUACUAAAAUUAUUAUCCCAAAAUCUAAUCAUCAUCAGCAGUAAUUUAUUCAAUCUAUCAAUGUGCAUAAUUAUUAUAGUUGUAGUAGUACUAGUUAUUUUAGUCAUAUUAGAAAAAGAUAAAGCAACAACACCCAAAAAUACAUCACCAUUACAAUUACAAUUACAAUUAUUACAAUUACCAAUAAUAUCCACAGCAACACAAAAAGCUUAUCAAAAUAUUACUAACUUAUUGAUGAUGUUGAUGCUGCUGUUAGUGUCGCCAUUAUUGCCAUCGCCAUCACCAUCAACAACUCAGCAAUUAUUAUUAUUAUUAAAUUUUAAAUUAAAAUGUAUCACCAGCCUCGAAUAUAAUUUAGGUAAAAAACAAAAACAAUUAUUAUUGAUAUCAUUGCAUAAAUUUGAUAAAUUAUUUUUAUUAUUAGUUGGAAGAAAAUUCAUUUAUACAAGUUAUUUACCAGCGCCAUGUUUAUGAAAUAACAAUAUUAAUAGUUUAUUUAAUAUAAUUUAUUAUUAUAUAGCAAAUUUGUUUGUUUGCUAAUUAUGGCUGUGUUCAUUUGGGUACAGUCUAUAGUUACACGUUAGUGCUGUGCUUUCCAAAUGAACACAAACACAAUUAUUAUUACAUUCACAUUAUUAUAAAAUGUAAUAGCUCAAAUCCUAUGGACUUUUUAAAAAAACAAUUUUUUUAAUUUCCUUUUUUAUAAAAAAAAAACAACAAACAACAAAAACAACACAAAAAUAACUCGAAAAAAAUACUUUAUUUGUUGUAUAUCACCCAAAUGGCAUUUCGCAUUUAUUUGCGAGCGGAAUUCGCCAACCCACCAAGCCGCUGGUAUUA